UGGAGCCGGUGACAAGACUAAACCGGUUCCUACGUAGACUGAAGGCCGGUUUCAGCUGGCGUGUUGCCUUGGAGACAGCACCUCUAUAAAUACGGUAGUAUCGAAACGCUUGGCUCAACUUUCCAGUUCUAGUUCAGCUAGAGAACGUUACACAGUUUCGUGACAGACUCGGCUGACAAGGGAAAAACGAGUCAUAUUUUCCAGGAUUCUGGUCUAAUGGACACACUCUUUGUAAAUGCUUUUUAAGAAUAAUCGCUUUAGGAAAGCGCACACUGGCUACUCUGCAGGCCCCGGCCUAGAGUCAUAUCUGAAAGGUUUCAACUUCACUGGUGAACCUCCUUGGCUGCUCUGCACCUGAUUAAACUACUUUGCCAAAUUCCAUCUCUUUCUUGUCCAAUUUUCAUUUUCUUCCACCAUGAACACUUUUGCUCCUGAUGAUUUUGCCUUCCUGGAGGAGGGUUUCUGUGCCCGUGACAUUGUUGAGCAAAAGAUCAACGAGACGUCCAUGUCGGAUGAUAAAGAUGCCUUCUACGUGUGCGACUUGGGUGACGUGCUGAAGAAGCACAUGCGAUGGGCGCGUGCCAUGCCUCGCGUCACGCCCUUCUAUGCUGUCAAAUGCAACGACAGCCGGGCUGUUGUCACGACCCUGGCCUCCUUGGGCGCCGGCUUUGACUGUGCAAGCAAGACUGAGAUCCAGAUUGUUCAGUCUCUGGGUGUGGAUGCUAGCAGGAUCAUCUACGCCAACCCCUGCAAGCAGGUGUCCCAGAUCAAGUAUGCCUCUGCUCACGGAGUGCAGAUGAUGACCUUCGACAGUGAUGUGGAGCUCAUGAAGGUGGCUCGGUGCCACGACGAUGCCAAACUGGUACUGCGCAUUGCAACAGAUGAUUCCAAGGCAGUUUGCCGGCUGAGUGUGAAGUUUGGUGCCACCCUGAAGGCCUGCCGGGGUCUCCUGGAGCGGGCUAAGGAGCUGGGCCUGGACGUUAUCGGGGUCAGUUUCCACGUGGGCAGCGGCUGCACCGACCCAGACACCUACAGCCAGGCCAUCUCUGACGCCCGCUGUGUCUUCGACUUGGGGGCUGAGGUGGGUUUCAACAUGACCCUCCUGGACAUUGGUGGCGGUUUCCCUGGGUCUGAGGAGACCAAGCUCAAGUUUGAGGAGAUCACAGCAGUUAUCAACCCAGCGCUGGACAAGUAUUUUCCUGCCGACUCUGGGAUUCGAAUUAUUGCAGAGCCAGGCCGCUACUACGUGGCCUCUGCCUACACCCUAGCUGUUAACAUCAUCGCCAAGAAGGUUAUCAUGAACGAGCAGUCUGCCUCUGACGAGGAUGACGAUUGGACCAGUGACCGGACUCUGAUGUACUAUGUGAACGAUGGGGUCUACGGCUCCUUCAACUGUAUUCUGUAUGACCAUGCUCACCCCCUGCCUACCCUGCACAAGAAGCCAAAGCCAGAUGAGCGUAUGUACCCCUGCAGUAUCUGGGGACCAACCUGUGAUGGCCUGGACCGCAUCGCUGAGGUGUGCAGUCUGCCUGACAUGCAGGUGGGAGAGUGGUUGCUGUUUGAGAACAUGGGGGCCUACACAGUGGCUGCCUCCUCUACCUUCAACGGCUUCCAGAAGCCAGACAUUUACUACAUCAUGUCCCGCACAGCUUGGCAGUGCAUGCAGCAGAUCUGUGCCCAUGGGAUGCCCAUUCCUGUGGAGGAGGUGUCCUGUGUGACUUCCAGCUGUGGCCAUGAGAGCAGCCUGGAGCUGCCCACCAAGCCUUGCCAGACCUGUGUGCUCUAAACACAACACAAACAUAAUUCCAUACAUACCCAUCGCCACUCUACGGGCCCAGUAUCCUGUGUUUUUAUUCAUUUCCUAUUCUGUUUACUCGUACUGUUGAAAGGCCAGUUACUUGACUGGAGGAUGAGAGGGGCAUGUUGGUGCACAUUUCUCACUUUUAUGUAUGAAAGACAGAUCUAAUCCUGAGCUGAGGCUGAAUCUCUCUUACGUUUUAGUCAUUUAGCAGACGCUCUUAUCCAAAGCGACUUAUAGUUAGUGAGUGCAUACAUUUUUUUCAUACUGGCCCCCUGUGGGAAUUGAACGCCGACUCCUAGAAGGCUCCCAGUUUCAGUUGACUCCACUACUACAUCUCAUGACUCUAAAAGGGCUGAUUGAGGGUGGAUUACUUCGCCAGGUACAACAUUUUCUCUGAAUCCUCUUUCACACCGAACCCUUUAUUCAAUGUAGGGACUCAACAUGCAGACUGUCCCUCUCCUCUUCUACUUUUCUGUAUUUAAUGUUUUUUUUUUGGUUUGUUGCUAGGUAGUACAUCAGUUAAUGAUAAUUAUUAGUAUUGAAGAUGCAUUUGAAAAUGGAUACGAAAGAGAUGGGAUUGCACAUUUGUAUUGCUUUCCUAUGGAAACUUUUGUAAAUUUUUUAUUUUUUUUAUGAAUAAAAUGUAGGUGCAGCGCUGAA